AUGAGUGCCAAGCCGCAUGAGAAGCUCGAUGUUGCGGUGCAAAGCCAACCUAUCCCAAGCGAUGUUGGUUCCAGCGAACGAUCCUCUCACAGCGAUACAAAGCCCAAAGUUCCCUGGUGGGCUUAUAUUUGGGACUAUGAGCCUGGUCGAUCAAAGGAGGAARUUGCUUUUGUGCAACGACUGGAUGUCAGCGUACUCAUCAUUCUUACUUUGGGGUACUUUAUCAAGAAUCUCGCUCAGACGAACAUUGCCAAUGCCUAUGUGUCCGGCAUGAAGGAGGAUUUGUCCAUGAACUCCAACCAGAUCAAUCUUAUCGAUGUGGCUUGGACGACGGGAUAUGUUGUCGGGCAGAUUCCAUCGCAGGUCAUCCUUACCAAAGUCAGGCCCAGCAUCUGGAUACCCAGUUGCGAGCUCGUAUGGACCGGAUUGACAUUCUGUCUCGCGGCCGUCUCAUCCUCGAACCACGUAAUAGCGAUCCGUUUCCUAGUCGGUCUGGCCGAAAGCAUCUUCUAUCCCGCCGCACACUUCAUCCUAGGCUCAUGGUACAAGCCUUCGGAGCUUGCAAAGCGAGCUGCAAUCUUCCAUGCAUCGAGUGCACUGGCAUCGAUGUUUAGCGGAUACCUCCAAGCGGGUGUGUACAAAGGACUGAAUGGCGUUCAUGGUCUUCCAGGCUGGAAAUGGCUCUUCGUUAUGGAUGGCAUCAUAUCAUUGCCGAUCUGCAUCGCGGGCUUCUGGAUGAUUCCGGAUCUGCCAGAGAAUACCCGGGCAUUCUAUUUGACCAAGGAUCAGAUUGAGUUGGCGAAGAAGCGGAUGAGUGAUAUUGGUCGUGCUCCUCGUACCAAGCUGGGUUGGUCUGCUUGGAAGAGAAUUUUUGGGAGAUGGCAUGUAUAUCUGCUGACCAUCUUGUACAUCAUCUUCAUCAACAGGGGACCAUCAAGCAGCAUCAACCCACUCUCCCUCUGGCUGAAAGAAAAAGGCUACUCCAUCAGCUUAAUCAACAUCAUCCCAACCUCUCAAAACGCAGUCCAAGCAGUAGCAACCAUCAUCCUCGCAGUCCUUUCAGACUACUGGCGGAAUCGACCCGCCGCCAUGUCCAUCUCCACCGCAGGAGGACUGAUAUCCGCACUCAUUCUGGCCAUCUGGAAUGUGCCCUCGGGGUUGAAAUGGUUGGCCUUUCUAAUGGACAAACUUUCCGURCCGUAUGGCCCGAUGAGCAUGACCUGGACGAAUGAAAUCUGUGGUGGAGAUGCGGAGGAGCGGAGUAUUGUGUUGGGAGUGAUGAAUUCUCUGGGUUAUGCUUUCAAUGCUUGGCUGCCGGUUUUGACGUAUCCCGCAGUGGAUACCCCGAGUUUCCGAAAAGGUUUCGUCUUCUCGACUGUGGCGUUUGUGGCGCAGUCUGGAAUCACUUGGCUGGUGUGGUUCAUGUAUAGAAGAGAUUUGAGGAAGAAAGCGGGUGGUUUGGUAUAG